AAGAGCUACCGCCCCAGUAAACUAGCCCUGUCUAGUGUACCGUGUCUCACUAAGCAACAAUGAACCUCACUGAUCUCUCAGCCCUAUACAAAUUUUACAAAAAUAAUUUUACAAUGUUUCACCCAGAUCAGCGAUCCAUAGAUAAAAAUCUCAUGGUGAUAUAUUCGGUGAAGAGAUAUCCAUUGGUGUACAGUAGUUCGUCGAGAAAAGGGCAACGAGAAAUAUGGGAACAGAUUGAUAAAGCUUGUAGGUCAGACAAGAUGCAAGCUCGUAAUCGAUUACGUCAACUAGUUAAUAAUUUUUGCACGCACAUGAAUGUGACCAAGAAAACUCCACUCAGGAAUGCGCAUCGCGAAGAAAUAAAAUCGAUAUCAACAAGGUAUUUUAACGAAAUAAACCAGCAGAGAAGCAGAAAAAUAGAGAAGUCAAUACACUCUCACAACUUGAAAGAAGAUAUUUAUGAGGCCUGAAGAGAAACCGAACAAUUGACCUAUUAAAUUAAAUAUUGAUUCUCGUAUGCUAAAAUAACUGUUCUAUAUAAAAUGUAAUUGUUUUCCCAAAAUGUAAUCGCUGUAUUGGU